AUGGAUAAAACCAUGAAGUUACCUCUUCCAAACUUUAUCAAAGUCUUGACCUCUCACAACAUACCGGUCACUAAGGCUAUGGCCAUCACAAAAGCCAUAUACAAGGAAUACAACACUCCUGCCCAGCUCUCCCUCCUUACUGACCUGAAGCUGAAAGUAUCAGGGGUUGAUGAUAAGGAAGACCGGAAGAAUGUCAUGGCAGCCAUGCGCAAAGCUGGUUAUAUUAGGAGCAUCAAAGAAGAUCCUUCUUCCUCUAACCCCUCGGGCAGCACACGGAUAGAACCUGAGACCCCCAGAAAACGGAAGCGGAAACCCAUUGACUCGGAGACGAACGAGUUUCUGCCCCGUGGUGAAGGUUUGGAAUUCAAGAGCUUGGACUUCAACGAGGUACUGGAUGAAUCGAUCCUUCAAUCGAAAUUGACUGUCGUAAAUCGGGCGCCACUUAUGACCGCCUGGGCUACUGUCGUUGCUGAGCGGAUGGGAUUUCAACGUGAAGAGGCUCUUAGCAUAGCAUCUUCUUACACCGAAAUGAACGCAUUAUCAAAAGGUGUUUCUCUAGGUAUAUAUAGAGAGGGAAAGCAGAAAGGAUUGGAGGCCACGAAAGGAGGAACUCAGCCUUAUGUAGACUUAAUGGGAAGGCGACCGCUUUAUCAGAUACAGAACAAUUGCUGGCGCGCUCUACAUAACGGAACGCCGGCGCAACCUUCGACAGCAUAUGCCUACUUAUCCCGCUCACUGCGCCAAACCAUGCCGUUUAUCAUGGGCGCACUUCGUCUGUUGGUCAACUCUUUUGCUCCUCAUGAGAUCAACGCGAAAGCAUGGGGACUCUAUACACAAUUUCGUCCAGCGGGUGAGGGGUGGGGGGAGCGCUCAGAGGUUCGAUGCACAACAAUCCUAGCGCUCAGAAAAUUACCAUCAUCAGACGGUGCCAAUGAAGAACAAAUAAAUCCAGGUGCUGAAAGUGAAGUAGUAGAUCUCGUAAAAUAUCAGCGAUAUGGAGAAGAAGCAAACUUCACAGCAGAAGAUCGAGGAAGCAAAAGAGUCAAACGUGGAAUGACGCUGGAAGAAUACGAAGCCAUGCUAGACGAAGACCACUCGUUUGACAAUAUUGACCUGGAUAAUUUAGAGUCCAUACAGACUCAGAGUACAAAACCGGCAUUAGAAUAG